CAUCUGACCUUCUUCGGCCUUGGCCCCUGAAAUUGGCCAUCGCGGGCGUGUUCUAGCUGGCCUCAACAUUUACCCACCACAAUCUCCCAUUUCAACCCGUGGUCGCAAAAGUAGAGACCAAAACGGAAAGGGGGACCUGCGGAGAUGUCGCUGAAUGGCUUGGACGAUCCAAAGGUCAAGGAAGCGCACGAGACCGCUGUCGCGGAACCUGGAGGAUGGUUCCUCCUCAAGUACUCCAGUCGCGAUGAGGUGGAGCUUCUCGGGCGCGGGAAUGGUGGCAUCGUCGAAAUUCGCAAUAGCAUCGCUCAAUAUGACGAGUCCUCGCCACUAUAUGGGUUCCUGAGAUACAGGAGGAGAAAUGUUGUCAUCAAAUACCUACCAGAGGACUGUUCUAGGCUCAUCCAAGCACGAGUGGCUGUUCACUUCAACUCUGUCUGUGACAGGUUCUCGCCCCACGAUACCACCUUCGCCAUUUCUACCUCCAAGGAGCUCAAAGAUACCAAGCUCUCCGCGGCUUGCUCCUUGCACACAGCUUCUGGCUCAACAUCAUCCUCGACAAGUUCCCUCCGUCGGAGGCGUUUGAUGGAAAUUACAGAAGAGGAAGAAGAGGAGCAGAGAGAAAAGAAAAGGCAAUCUACCGUGAAAGAAGAAGAGCGCCCAAAAACCCCGGGCCCCGACACCACCUCGCCUCCUGCCGGCUCGCCGUCCUCGCCGCCUCCUGUCACCCUCAAUUCAGAUUUUGCGACCACUCUUGCAGCUUCUAACUUCGCUACCACCACUGAGCCCCACACCUUUACGGGUGUUCCUCGCCCGAGCUCGCCAGCCAAAUCCUUCGAUGACGCUACGCGGCGACAGUCUUAUUAUCCGGCUCGACCUGACCUAUACAGCUACUCGUCCUAUACAUACGGCAAGCCGAAAGUAAAGCUCGGCCCUCGGCCUUCACUAGACGUGGGCGGGAGACCACGGACUUCGGCCGGGACCGACAACUUUAGGCCCGUUGCGACUAUGCCAACCGGGCUGAAGCUGUCAAAGGGCUCAAGAAAGGGAAGGUCUCAGGAUAAGACCCUUGACGAGGCGGAGUCGCCUCCAAUCAAAGAGGAGACGACAGACACGCUGGAAAUCGCCUUUCUGUCUUCAUCCAUUCCCGAGAACCGUUCACUCGGGUCUGGUUUUGAGCUCACUAGGCCGCACACAAGUGGCGGGGGAGUGCCAUCGCUCAGCUCGUCUGCAGCGAUGAAGUCAAAUAUGCCGAGCCUUCCCAGUCUAUCAACGAAGCUGAACACCAUGAGCCCCGAAAAGGCACGCCUGAUGAAAGCCAAGAAAUUGAGGGAGAUGAAGAAGAUGAAUUUGCCACAGUCAGGCAGCCCUGCCGCCGAGGGCCCUGCUGAGCCUAGCAUACCAGGGCUACCGGUGGACGGAAAGACUGAGGCUGCAACUGCAGACACUAUGGCCGACCAGGAGGAACUUGUGGCGAAGAACGACGGCGACGCGGAUAGCCGACUGUCAAUGUCGAAUGCUGAUUCAGGUGUUGCCAUUGAUGCGCCGAAUGACCAUGGUUCGGUAGAUACCCGGAUGGAUUCACAUCCAACUUCCCCGAUUGCAUCGUCGUCGGACAUUGGCGAUUCGACCAAGGCAUCUUCGUUGUCCGAAACUACCGACGAGACACUUCAGGUCGACCACGAGCAGAAGGACUCCUACACCGACAUUGAUGGCAAUGAGGAUCGCGAGACCGAGAUUGCCUCGGCCGACCAGACUUCCAAUGAACCUGAGGACGACGGUGCCGACCAGCGGCUACCGACGGAGAACCAGGUGGAUGAAACAGAGGCCUCGGUGUGUGAAGACAAGACCAUGCAGGCCGACGAGGAAGUCGAGGACGAAGAAGUUGAGGUGAAGAAGGGGGAACCGGCGACCCAGAGCGCUGCCAUACCUAUUUCCAAAUUCGCCUCAGUGUCGUCUUCCCAAGUUGCUGAGACCGAAGUGAUUGAGGAUGUGGGCUCGACCGAACCGCCAACAAAGGUGGACUGCACCUCUACGUCGGGAGACGGAAUUGUCAACGGAGAAUCACUAGACUCAUCUAACUCUCCGCGAUUCGCAAUUCCGCUUUCGAGGUUUUCGACUCAAGAAACCAGGCCUCCAAGUGGGACAACCCCCAGCCCUGUACCAGCCAUUAUCACCCCGUUGCCAGAGGCCGAGCAAGAGGGUCCGGCCCAGGAGAGCAAAUGGGCCAAAGAAAAGGGGACUAGCGAGGCUGAUGAGACGGCGUCUAUCGAGACCAGGCGUUCCAAGCGAAAGGUCCUUGUCGACCCUAUUCGCACCGACCUUCCGGAGAGAACCCACUCCGAGGCCAACCUGUCCGAUGACGACGACUUGAUGGACGAGCUGCAGUCAGCGACUUUGCAACAGGCACAGCCAAUGACUGUCUCGAAGUCUCCCAUCACAUCAGUCUUCCCCGGUCCGUCGCCUCAGCAACCUACCGCCGACCUUGAUAGCAUUACAGUCGCUUCACAACCGCUGAGAGCGGUAUCGAACCCGCUCCGAACCCCCCUACUGACGCCGCCGGAUUUGUCCAGCAGUUCAGCCCGGGCCGUCUCAUCAGGCGCGGCAUUCUUGCACAAGAUCACCCAGCAGUCCUCAUCCAACGAUCUGCGACCGAAGACGCCCAAGAUUGGCUCGAGCAUCUCUCAGCGAAUCAAGGCGUUGGAGAUGCUGUCUGGGAGCGCGGCGUCAGGUGAUUCGGCCAGUAAGGAUCGGACAUCGUCGUCAUUCUUCUCGGUCCGCAAAACCAGCAUUCGCGAGCCGUCGAGAUCACCGUCUGUUGUUGAGCGAGCUAGCUCUAUGAAACGGGGGACAACCCCUUCACCCCCGCACUCGCAAGAAUCCUCCCCCGAUACAGCAAGGCCAACACGUUGUGACCGGUCUGGCUCCAUGGCCAGUCGACUGUCCAUAUUCGAGGGCGGCAGCGUGCCCCGCGGCCGGCCCGAGUCGAUUCAGGUCACCGCUCGGAUAGUUCGCGAUCCCUCGCAGCCGUUCCCGAAAGUCCCCGAGCUCAAGGCUGACGCCACUGCGUUUGGCUACCUCGAGCUGAGGCAGUCACCUCUGGUCGUGGACCAUCAAAGGGCAGACCACGCUGCUUUCCCGACACAGCGUGAAGGGGGGGUUCAGGCUGAGGGUAGGCAAUCCCUGCUCGAACGACGGUUGUCUAAAGAUCGUCGGUCACAAUCUCAAGACCGAGUUGCUGAGAGUACGAAGAACGAUCUCCAGGACGAGACAGAACCAAUCAACCGCCCACGGAGACGGUCGUCUCUGACGAUAGUUAAGGACUUCAUCAAGGAUCGCCGCGACUCUCUGCUUGGUGCAAGGUCUCCUUCCACUGAUAACCUCCACCUCAACCUCCACCAGCCUUCGGGAAACCUUGCGUCCCCAGCAGUCCUCACGCCUUCGCGCUCUCCCUCGCGGCCCCCAUCUGUCCAUCAGAACUCGAUAUUUCCUCGCCGGCUCAGCAUCAGCAGUCGGCGAUCCUCCGUCGACCAAAAAAGCCCCGCUCUCCCCACGGCCGGUCUCUCCACUGGCCCCCUCUCCCCGUCCUUGAUGACAGAAGCAAGCGGCGAGUCAGACGGUGAUGACAACAGGAGAUUCGGAUCCGGGUCGUCGACGGGCGCUACAAGCCCCAACCCGGGGGCCAAGGGAAACCGUGCCUCUCGGUUCAUGCGUCGUCUGUCGAACUCUCUAAGCUCGAGCCGUAAAAACGUAACGCCAUCCAUCUCCCCCACCGUCACGGAGGAGGACGAUGCCGAGGUUGCAGCACAGAGCGGAGAAAUGGUCCCUCCGUCCAGGGGCAGCCUGGCCACGGGAUACCUGCCGCCUUCUAUCGUGUCAUACUUGGGUGACGUCAACGUGCAGUUCCCCGACAACUUGCUCUGGAAGCGCCGGACCAUGUGUCUUGACAGCCAGGGAUUCCUUAUUCUGAGCACCGUGCAAGGAGUGUCACCUACCGUAUCAGCGGCAGCCGCUGGGGCGGGAAGGGAUAGGCACCUUCAGGCCGGUGCCAUAAAGAGAUAUCACCUCAGCGAUUUCCGGGCGCCCUAUACGCCCGAGAUGGAAGUCCAGGAACUGCCCAAUAGUGUCGUCUUGGAUUUCGUCGAUGGGAGCGGCCUGCAGAUCGCCUGUGAGGAUCGUGCGGGACAAUUAAAUGUGCUGCAUAUCCUCCAAGACGCUCACCAGAACCAUGACUCGUUUGGACUGUAAAGGAGGCUCCUUGUUCGUCUUGACUCGUACAUACGUCUCUUAUCGCCCAGCUUCUUCGAUUCCUCAACCCCUCUCCCGGGGCCCCCACGAGUCUUGAACCAAUUAUUGC